GUCAGAACAGGUGACCAUGGCGGAGGUUGCGACUGUCUCAGAAGAAACUUUGACAAGUAGUUUGAGUUUAUUGGUCAGUUUGGGCAAAGUUUUGCUGCAGAACGCCAAACAGGAAGCAGCAGCCUCCCUGAAGACUUUUGUACCUCAUAAGAUCACCACUUUAUUUGGCCUGGUCACAGCUGGAGCAGACUUUUACAAAAGCGUGGGAGUGAAGACAAGGACUGAAGCAGAGGAGGUUUGGAAGAAGUCUUAUCGCCAUGAAGCAGUGAGAGAGCAGGUAGAGGAGCUCCUUCAGCUCCAGAAUGAGUGGGACUCCUUCCUGAAGAGUGUGGACAAAGAUCUGCUGACGACAGACGAGCAGCUGUCAGGAGGAAAGAUGGCCGACAGCCUGAGCCCCGACUGUCUGUUCACUGAUGCACGGAGCGAAAAGAGCGUAAGCCUGGGUCACUUCCUGGGUCAGGGUCAGAAGCUGCUGCUGGUUCUGAUUAGACAUUUUGGAUGACUGCCGUGACGAGACCACGUGGCCGAGCUGGAGGCCAAUCGGGACCUCCUGGAGGCUCGGUCAGUGCAGGUCGUGGUGGUUUCCUUCGGCUGUGUGGAAGGAGCUCAGCUGUGGCUGCGGCAGACCAGAUGUUCCUUUGAAACGCUGCUCGACCCUCAGAGAACGAUCUACAGGAGUUUCGGCCUCGGCUCGUCUUACGCCAAAGUGAUGAAUUUCGGCUGCCUGCUGCGCUACUCAGAGUACAGAGCUGCAAAUAUAGACUUCCCCGACGUCCCGCCUCGUCUGCUGGAAGACCUCUUCCAGCUUGGUGGUGACUUUCUACUGGACAACACGGGGAAGGUUCUCCUGUCUCACCCAUCUAAAAGCCCUUUGGACAGGCUGAGUUUGACCCACGUGCUGCAGGCCGCCGCAGCCGAGAGUCGACACGCGGACCGAACAAACGCGCUGGUACAACGCCGCUGACGCCACAGAGGAAGAGCAGCUCUUUGACGCACGUUGAUGAUGUCACGCCUCGCAGUCACCACAUGAAGAGGAGCGACUGAUGCUGAAGUGUGGAGAAGAGACGACCGAUCGUUUUGUCAAGUCAGUGUCGUAGUUCGAGCAGCGGCAUAUACAUUUUAAUCAACCAAUAAAAAAACAAAAUGCGUUCACGUGCCAGUUUGAGAUAUUUUCAAACUUUUAACGACAACUAUAUUAUUUAGAAAUCAAGCAGCAAAAAGCUACAGCUAACUACUGAAAUAGUCUUUAACUGAAGUCAAGAUUAUAAAAUAAUAAUAAACGUAGAAACAGUUGUCGAUAAUCAGCUAUGAUAGUAUAAAAAUC